AUGGACUUAAUGUUCCCUAAAGAGUUCUUAAAGAAUGCAAUAGAGACUCUCGUCUCUCAAAAGAACGUAAAAUGUGCGAAUUUCUCCAAAAACCCAAACUUGCCUUACUGUUUUAUUGAAAACUCAGCAAAAGAAGACUUAGUACUUGAGCAUGUUAAAGACUACGAGCGGCAGUUUAGACUUGUGUAUAGGGAGCAUUCCAAGCGAACUUUACUUCUUUACCCUAAAAACGAAUGCGGGGUUGAAAAAUUUAUAUGCACCACAGUGAGGCCAACCCAGCUGCCAUUUCUAGAGCUCUAUGAGUGGACCCAAUCUGCAGAAUUCGUUGCGAAUUUCUUACAAUAUGAAGAACUAGCGUGGUUUUAUUAUUUAAAUAUUUUUAGAUUACAGGCAUUUUCUCGGAAUAUUUGGUCGAAUUUUUGCUUACUCCCUCCCCCUCCGUGAGUGAACAAAAAAAAUUUUGUUCACUCACGGAGGAGGGUUAAUUUUUUUUUUUUAAAAAAAAAUAUAUAUAUAAAUUUAUAUAAAAAAUAUUUUUUUUCGAAAUUUAAAAAAAUCCUAAUUCGCAAAAAUUGGAAAGCAAAUAUUAAUUCAAUUUGCAAAAUUUAUGUUUUAAAAAGCAAUUCGUUUAAAAUUAAACAGAAUUAGCUCUAGAUUUCAUUUAUAAUAAUUAUCAUUUAUAUAUCAAUUUUUUUUCCAUAAAAAAUUUUUCUAUUAAAAAAUUUUUGUUCACUCAUGGAGGGUGGGUUUUUGGGCAAAAAAUAGGGAUUUUUCUAAUGGUUUUGUUCACUCACGGAGGGGGGGGGAGUUAGAAAAUGCAAUGGUUUUCCAGAUCAAUGCUUGACGAGAAAAAUUAACGCUGAGGAAAUUCCUACCAGGGAAAAUAUCUAGAGCAAAAACAUGGAGCAAGAACUCAACCCACCAGAUCGUUACCCAAACCACAUCCCUUCUCCUACAAAUAUUUUGGCCUGGCAGUAUGGAGAUUGCUUUGACUUUGCAAUGGUUUUGUGCUCAAUUCUGAUAGGAGCCGGAUAUGAUGCUUAUUGUGUGCAUGGCCAUGCUCCUAAAGAAAUUACCACAAGAGACCAGACACGCACAAGAUGCCCACUAGAAAUUUUAGAGUCAGAAAUGCCAGACACAGCAGAGCUCGCUGAACAAAAUGAAGAAGAAGAAUUCGAAAUCCCAGUGAAACCUCCACCAAUUUCAGAAUUUUUAAGCAAAAAAAAGCAAAAAGAAGAAGAAGCUGAAAAGUUGCGUCUUCAAAUAGAAAAUACUAUAGAUGACGAUGCCCCUGAAAUUUUGCCUCCUGACGUGUGGAAAGGCAAGAGGCUGCAUUGCUGGAUCCUUAUUAAAGAAGGCAAAAGAGGAGUCGAGGAAAGCUUUUUUGUAGAGCCAACGACUGGGAGAUCGUUUAGUUUGACUGAGAGCAAGUAUGAGAACGUAGAGUUUGUGUGGAAUGACCAGAAUUUCUGGAUUAAUAUGUUCCCUAAUAGAGGGGUCGAAGAGGUAAGCUUUGACCUUUAUAAUGGCGUGGACUGGGAAUAUGUAAUGUUAGAGACCAGCAACGUCAAAGAGAAGGGCAAAAAAGAAGAACAUUUUGAUGAAGAAGGAGAAGAAGGCGCUGUAGAUGACGCAAAUAUGAACCCAGACGAAAUAGGAACUGAUGGGUAUGUAAAGCAGAUUGAGCAUGUCCUAGAUUUGCCUCCACCAUGGUCUCCUAAGAUGAGAAUUGACAGAGAAGUUUAUGCAAGAAAAUGGACAAUGGGCGAAAAAACACUUUUUUAUGAAAAAUGCAAAGUUGAUUAUUAUGCUGAUUAUAGCCAAUUUGAUGGGCUGGUAAGGAGGCUUACGUAUUAUCAUGACUAUAAACGCCACAUUGUCAAAGAAAUCAGAUGAAUUUAUGCAAGAAGAAUUGACAAGCUGGCUAUACGCAGACGUUUUCCAUUAGAAUACAAAACAGUUGAAGAAUAUUACCCAGGCUGCCCAUAUCAUUGGAAACAAAUAGUAGAAAUUGACGGGAAAAGCAAAUUAACUAUUUAUUACCCUACAAGAAAUACUGAUGGUCUUAUACGUCGUGAAGAGGUCUAUGACGAAAAAACACGUGAAUAUUUCCAAGACCGUGACGAUUUUAUGAUAUAUCGCUCCUGGAAAAUCGAAAAAAGGGAGUCUACAGCUAGAGAUUAUACCCUAGGUGACAAAGUAGUUAUUACUAGUAUGACUCAAAAAUUCGAUAAAAACCCAAACUUGCCAAAAGGGACAAGAAUUGAAAAAAUUAUUUAUGAUAUGAAGAAAAAAUUCGUGACUGUGUUUUACCAUUACGAGCCUGGAAGCAUUUAAGUUUAAGUUUAAUAGAAUUACUCUAGCAUUUUCAAUGCCUGAAAGUCUCCUUCACUUGAGGUUCAGCUAAAUUAACAGCUCUGAAUAACGUAGGUGAACCGGCCUAACCGUCGGACCGUUAAAGUUAAUAAGCCCAUUAAGACUUUUCUAAUCAGUGCCAGCCUCAGCACCGACCUUUCUCUUCAAGCCGAGACUCUCAAGAAGUUUGACUUCUCUCACUAAGCUCGGUUUAUAGGUCCAUCCUGUUUGUGGCAGGAGCUAGGACCUAUCCCUAACUGACAUUUUUUAAUAUUGUGCUGGAAGUAUUAAAAGAAAUGUGAUAAAAUACCCAAGAGACGAUUUUACUGCACUAGCAAAGGUGCAGGAUGGACAGGAGCAUGAAGAAGUGGACGAAGUCUACCAGGAUAAGCUGCAUCAGCUGCAAGAUAUGGAAAAAGCUUGCUAUGCUGGCAUAAAAAGCCAAGAAAAUGCGCUGAAGCAGGAAAUGGAGAAAUAUAAGGAACAAGAAGAUGAGUGGUCUAAGCUGAGGAGAAAGAAUGACGUGAAUAUUGCACUGGUUAAAGGAUUUAUUAGUAAAACUAUAUAUGAUAAAGCGAGAGAAAAAAGCAAAGAACAAGAGCGCGAAAGGGAAGAAGAAAAAGUUACUGAGGUAACUGCAAUUGACUAUUUAACUCCAGUUCUCAAAGAAAUGGGCUUAGAGAACCGCCAACUUAAUGCUCAAGAAGCGCAAGAAGUAGAAAACAGAGUAAUGAGCUUGCUUAAAGAAAGACUUCUACACAGAGCUGAUAUCAUUAAAAAGAGUUUAGAAAGAGAAAGAAAAGCACUGAAUGAUGAUGCUGUAAAUUUUAUAUAGGCUAAAUUCGCUAAAAAAGGCGACCACGUAACUGCUGAGGAGCAAAAGAAAUAUGAUGAAUCAACAAGAGACAUGGAUUUCAAGAUCAACAUUUUGGAGCAAAGGGUUGCACGCCAUGAAGAACAAGCCUUGCAAAAAUAUGCAGAAAUGAGCUUGAAGCUUAAAAAUGAGCCAAUCCUGGCAGCGCUGCACCAAUAUCAUAAAAGAGAUUAA